UGAAAAUCGAAACUCCAGUGUUAGAAAUGUCUCUCAAUUCCAAUAAUUAAUUAUUAGUAAUAAUUUGAUAGUAUCUAAAUUCUCUGCGGUCUCUGUUUCUCCGUCUUUGGGUCGAUUCAGGGAGUUCGGGGGCGAGAGCUUCAGAGAGCAGCCAAUCUCCUCCCUCGUAUUGCAGUACACUUUCAGUUUCAGAACAUAUUAUAUAUAUAUAUAUAUAUAUAUACAGACACGAAAACUCGGACACAUAUACAUAGAAGGGGAUGAUGGAUUUGGAUCUGUGGAUUUCCAAGGUUAAAGAGGGCCAACAUUUGUCCGAAGACGAGCUUCAGCUUUUAUGCGAAUAUGUGAAGGAGAUCCUGAUUGAGGAGUCCAACGUGCAGCCUGUCAAUAGUCCAGUUACUGUUUGUGGUGACAUACAUGGCCAAUUCCAUGAUUUAAUGAAACUCUUCCAGACAGGUGGACAUGUACCGGAGACAAAUUACAUUUUUAUGGGAGAUUUUGUUGACCGUGGGUACAAUAGUCUUGAGGUUUUCACAAUUCUUUUGCUUCUUAAAGCGAGAUACCCUGCUAACAUUACCCUUCUACGUGGAAAUCAUGAAAGCAGGCAACUUACUCAGGUCUAUGGUUUCUAUGAUGAAUGCCAACGAAAGUAUGGAAAUGCUAAUGCUUGGCGGUACUGCACUGACGUUUUUGACUAUCUAACUCUCUCAGCAAUUAUAGAUGGAACGGUACUCUGUGUCCAUGGUGGUCUUUCUCCUGAUAUUCGAACUGUUGACCAGAUUAGGGUCAUUGAACGAAAUUGUGAAAUUCCCCAUGAAGGGCCCUUCUGUGACCUUAUGUGGAGUGACCCUGAAGAUAUUGAAACGUGGGCAGUCAGUCCUCGGGGAGCAGGCUGGCUUUUUGGGUCCAGGGUUACUUCUGAGUUCAAUCAUAUCAACAAACUCGAUCUGGUUUGCCGGGCUCAUCAACUUGUGCAGGAAGGUCUGAAGUACAUGUUUCAGGAUAAAGGCCUUGUAACUGUGUGGUCUGCGCCAAAUUAUUGUUAUCGCUGUGGCAAUGUAGCUUCUAUAUUGAGCUUCAAUGAGAAUAUGGAAAGAGAGGUGAAGUUCUUCACUGAAACAGAGGAAAACAACCAAAUGAGAGGACCCAGGACAGGAGUACCAUAUUUCUUAUGAGAAUUUGUCCACUCUUUUCUUGUAAUAUUAAUUUCAAAAUUUGGCACUUUUGCUGGGGGGAAAGAAAGGAGAAAGAAAAACAUUUGCUCAGAGGAACCCUGUAUACGCAAAUAUUUGCGAGGGGAUUGCUUGCUAUUCUUACAGGUUGGAUGUGCAGCCAAGCUUCUUUGUGGGUUAACCUGCUGCUCUUGAAUAACUUGCUUGUGUAUUAAAGACCAGUUAAUGAUUCCUUUUUUGCUUCCCUUGUUUCAUUAUAAUUGAUCUUACGUCUAGGUUGAUUUUGUGGAUUUAUGUUGGAUCAGAUUAUGAGCUCAUAGAUUAGUAGCUGGCCAAUCCAAGAUUGUUAUUGAUUGUCUGGAACUUUCAGAUUAAAUCUCCAGACCUGGAUAAUAUAUAUGUUUAUUUACA